UGAUUUGCAUAUGUUUUCUGAUAAAACUUGAACUUAUCGUCGUGCGUAACGGGGCGACGGAUAAAGCAAUUAAAGGGACGGCAACUCUUCAUUUUGGCAGAAAAAGUGCCAUAAAACGGAAUUUUCUGGGGUAAACGACAAUUUCUCCAAACUUUCUCAUGGUUUAUGAAUCCGUUCCAACAUUCAAAGUAGCGCUUUGCAGUCAGGCGGGAGACAGAGCACUGGUUUAUAUACUACAAGGGAAAUCUUGGGAAUCGAAUUCUACCAGUACAACCAGGCAUGAGUGAUAAUGACUACCGCUGAGAUUUAAGUUUCCUCUAGGCCGGGUAAGACAGUAGUAAUAGUGCGGGAAAUAGAACAGCACAUCUGAACAUAUUGAAGAAGGUGAUGUUAUGACUUCAUCGGUGUCGGUUUGCAAGUGGACAAGUUCUUCACGCAUGUUACUUGUUGUUUCAAUACAGACUCUUACUUAGGGUAAUUACAGUUAUUAUCUAGUCAUUUAUAUUCUCUGCGCUCUACGCCCGGCUGCUGGUUAGCAUCGGAUGAUAUCAUUAAGUCAGCGACACGGAAGGUCAACUGCAAGAUCUAUGUGUUUCAGGUAUAGGGAUUUGUUCUCCAGUCUUGAAAAAAAUUCUGUGAAAACAAUACAGAAAAAGAAGAACGCCGGCAGGGUCAUUAUAUCAGCGGUACACUAGUCGAGCAUGGUUAGGUUGGGAAAAGGGUUAUCUACUUUCCUGACGUUUUGGGCCAUCCAGUUCCUGAUAUUGGUGACAUUGCUUCUCCUGAUCUACAACAGACGUGAAACGACCAAGUUCACGCAUCCCAUAAAAACAAUGAUCAACGGCACUGUGAACAAUGAGAACGGACAGGAAACGAAGAACGUCACGGAAUGCCCUAGGGUUGUGACGGAAUUACACGAAUUAGUUGGAUACAAGAUCACGUCUUUAAAAGCAUCAUCUUUAGAAGAAAUUGAAACAAGACACCCGGAUGUGACAUCUGGCGGUUCAUGGUCACCACGUGACUGCCAACCCAGGUCACGUGCCCUGAUUAUAAUACCUUUUCGAGAUAGAUGGCCCCACUUAGUUCGUUGGUUUGAAAAUUAUCUACCCAUUUUCAAAAGACAGAAGCUAGACUUCAGGAUCGUUUUAACAGAACAGUACGGCAACAGUACGUUUAACAAAGGCAGGAUCAUGAACGCAGCAUUUACAGAGAGUUGGAAAAUAUUUCACUUUGACUGUGUGAUAUUCCAUGACGUUGACAUGUUGUUAGAAAAUGACCACAAUUUGUACCACUGCCGGGACUUGCCCACCCACCUGUCGCCCUCUGUCAGCAAGUUUGGAUACGACACUAUGUAUGAUACACUAAUAGGCGGAGUGAUAUCCUUUCCUGUUGCGGCUUACUUCAAAGUGAACGGCUACUCCAACUUGUACUGGGGAUGGGGCGGAGAGGACGACGACAUGUAUACAAGGCUCAAACAAUCAAAAUUAAAGCUGCAGCGGCCGCCACAAAUAAUUGGUCGCUACAAAAUGAUCGUGCACAAGCAGAGGGAAUGGGUGCUUUUCAAAAGAGAAAUGGACUCUUUACUAGCAGGAACAAAAUCUCGUUACAGGCAGGAUGGACUUAGUAAUGUCAAGUAUAAACUAGUAGGAAAAAAGACCAGAAAACUCUUCACUCAUUUUACCUUUGAUAUCGGGGUUUGGGAACACGAAGGAAGGACAGAAAACAUAAAAGGCCAAUAAAUUUCAUGGCUGAGAAGAUAUUUUUUUAAUUUUCUAGUUUUUAAAACAUUUUUGUGCAAUUUGUCGUAAGUUGCUUCCGUUUCACGUCUGCCUUCAUCGCCCGUACCAACAGAUCAGACUGAUCUUAAAACUCAGCAAUAAUCUGAAUUCACAUUUGUUUUAAUGUCAGUUUUUUAUUAUGCUCCAAGAGAUAUCAUAAAAAUAUAACAAGAAUUUCCACACGUCGUAA